GGACCAGGACCAUGUCGCUGUCCUCGGUGCUGAAACCGCUGCUUACGAGAAUGUAAACGGCGAUGAGGCCAAACAACACUACAGCCAAUAAAUCCCAAAAUGGACGAUGAUCUUUUCCAGCUGAGACAACUUCCUGUUGUCCGCUUCCGGCGUACAGGUGAGAGUACACGCUCUGAGGAAGAUACCGAGAACAGAGAACAAAAUGCCCGGACAGCAGAGCAGGGUGAUCUUGAGUCUGUGGCCCUUACAGAAGGAGCCCCAGUGCCUCGAGAGUUUGCUAAUCCAACUGAUGACACAUUCAUGGUAGAAGAUGCUGUGGAAGCCAUAGGCUUUGGGACAUUUCAGUGGAAACUCUCCAUCCUCACUGGUCUAUCCUGGAUGGCCGAUGCCAUGGAGAUGAUGAUCCUCAGCAUCUUAGCCCCACAGCUCCACUGUGAAUGGAGACUGCCAAGCCUCGAGGUGGCACUUCUCACAUCGGCAGUGUUCAUUGGGAUGAUGAUCAGCUCCUCCCUUUGGGGAAACAUAUCUGAUAGAUAUGGCAGAAAGACGGGAUUGAAAAUGAGCGUAUUGUGGACAAUGUUCUAUGGCCUCAUGAGUGCAUUUGCACCCGUUUAUGGGUGGAUCCUCGUCCUUCGUGCACUGGUGGGCUUUGGCAUUGGAGGGGCACCACAGUCGGUGACCCUGUAUGCUGAGUUUCUGCCCAUGAGGUCCAGAGCAACAUGCAUCUUGCUCAUUGAGAUAUUUUGGGCUCUGGGUACUGUGUUUGAAGUACUCUUAGCAAUCCUGGUGAUGCCCACUCUGGGCUGGCGGUGGCUGCUGGGACUUUCCACCAUCCCUCUCUUCAUCUUUGCCAUUCUGUGUUUUUGGCUUCCAGAGAGUGCCCGAUAUGAUGUGCUGACAGGGAACCAGGAAAAGGCUCUGGCCACACUGAAGCGAAUUGCCACGGAGAAUGGAGCCCCCAUGCCUCUGGGGAAGCUAAUAGCUGCCAGACAGGAGGAUCGUGGGAAGAUUCAAGACUUAUUUUCAUCACACUUCCGCUGCACCACAUGUCUGCUGUGGUUUAUUUGGUUUGCAAAUGCCUUCUCUUAUUACGGCCUGGUGCUGCUCACUACUGAAUUGUUUCAGGAGGGAGGUGCAUGUGGAAUGCCCAAAGGAAAUAAGAAAGAGCUGCGAUGCAGCUUGGAGUGUAAAUAUCUGAAUUCUGAUGACUAUAAAGACCUGCUGUGGACUACGUUAUCUGAAUUCCCAGGACUGUUGGUGACUCUGUGGGCUAUUGAUCGACUAGGAAGGAGGAAGACCAUGGCGCUGUGCUUCCUCGUCUUCUCUCUAUGCAUCAUUCCACUGUACGGCUGUGUUGGGAGAGCUUCCAUGACAGUGUUGAUAUUUAUUGCCAGAGCGUUUAUUGCAGGAGGCUUCCAAGCCGCCUAUGUUUACACUCCAGAGGUGUACCCAACAGCGACCAGAGCUUUAGGUUUGGGAACCAGCAGUGGAAUGGCCAGAGUCGGUGCCCUCAUUACACCCUUUGUUGCACAGGUAAUGUUGGAGUCCUCUGUGUACCUGGCUCUCUCAGUGUACUGCUGCUGCUGUCUCUUCGCUGCCAUCGCUUCCUGUGCACUGCCAAUAGAGACCACAGGCCGGGGUCUGCAGGAGUCCAGCCAUCGGGAGUGGGGACAGGAGAUGAUAGGCCACCGCUCAGAAGGAAUCCCCAACUCUGGCUCCGGCUCCCAGGGCUGAAGACAAGUCUGCCAGGGUACGAUAACGGCGUGACAGCAGUGACGAGAAGAGGGGAGGAGAGCCAAAAAAAAAAAGAAAAAAAGCUGGAGCAGCUCUCUGGCCUUCUUCUAUGUUGCUUCUGUUUAGGCAUCAGUGGCGUCAGAGACCCAGGCUGCAGAAUCCUUUUUACAUGUUACUGUACUUUAGUCUGUAAACACCAUCGCUGUCACACUGGUGCCACUGUAUAAUUGCACAUAGAGCGAUAUAGAAAGACCAAAUAACACACAUGAGGGCAAAAGUGGAAGUAGACAAAAUGGGAAACCUUACCAACACGGUGAGAAAGUGUGAAUAUUCAGCUUCAAACAACUACCUUCUUUUCAAAAAGCCUUAAAACUACCUAUUCAGCUUGUGACUGAGGAACCCACCCUGGAUCCAGUGAGACAGCGGCUUCUCUUAGCAAACUGAAAUUAAAACUGUAUAGAGGAAAUGAGAUUGAUUUGCACAUACAAGCCUGUUGAAAUACACUUGUACAUUUUUGGAGUAAAAUACAACUCGUCAAAUAACACCUGGGGUAACUGCAUUUAAGAGUCACUGUUGUCAGAUUUACAGGAUAUGCUGUACAGUUAAUCAUGCAUACAAUAGAAAGACCCCCCCCC